GACCGCUUACCGACGCCGACACUACACCAGCACAGAUUGAUAAAGUAGCGAGCGUCCAUUUCGUGCAGUUGGUGGCGUUAUCGAUUUGGCAACGCACAAUAGGAGCAAAUCCAAACAACUGCAUAUUUGCGCAAUGAAAACCUACAGCCGCAAGAAAGCGGAUGAACAGGAGGAGGUUAUUCUCGACCUGAAUGAAUUAUGUCGGCUUUGUAUGACCAAGGAGGAUCAGUUGGUUUCCAUUUUCGAAAAUGACGGACCGGUAUCACUCCCACUACGGAUUAUGGCUUGUGUUGCAUUAGAAGUUCUUGAAGGAGAUGGCCUUCCAAACAAAAUCUGCCAUCCAUGUAAAUUCCAACUAGAGAAAUCCUACUCAUUCAGGAAAAAAUGCGAAGGUUCCGACGUUAAACUCCGACAACACGUUCGAACCUUACAACAAAAAUUCCCCGAUGCUGAAUUUUCAAUAGAAAGGCCAUCAAUCAAAGAUGACGAAGAAGAAAUCAUCCCGAAUCAAACAACACAAGAAAUAAACACCGAAAGAGAACUCGCUGGUGUAACACAAGUUGCCUACAUUGCACCAGACCCCGAACCGGAAUCACACGACAACAUAACACUACCAACCGAAGACGAUCUGGAACACGAAGACAAAACAAAAAUCAAGAAAAACGACAUCGGCGAGAAUGACUACUACGUAGUAGAGACAGAUGACAACGCAGCUGACAUGCAAAUGGACACAAAUUCAACACAUCCUAUAAUGGAAGACCAAGAAUUAGAUUUUAUAGCUGAAGCAGUAAAAAGCACACUGGCAACACAUCCAGAUUUAAAUCUCACUGGAGAUUUACAAAUGAAAGUCGAGCAUGAACCUGGCAAACCAACACAAGUUUCAGUAACGACUGAUGACGGUUCAGUAAUCGUCUUAGAAUUAACAACAGAUGAACACGACCAACCGGAUUACGAACACGCCGAUGACGAUGAUGAUGAUUCGGUUGUAAACGACGACGGGGAAUUAAAAGUCUUUCAAUGCCCCUCGUGUCCGAAAUCUUUCGCUCGGAGGAUACAACUUCAGCGUCAUAGUUCCGUUCACAUGCAACAAAGAGGUUUCAGCUGCGGCAUUUGCGAAAAAUGGUUCCCCACGCGUUCAGCUUUAAUAAGACACGAGCGAAUCCACACCGGCGAACGGCCGUUUCAAUGCGAAGUCUGUCAGAAGAGUUUCGCACAGAAGGAGAUUCUCUUCCGGCAUAUGAUGACCCAUACUGGGUUAAAACCCUAUAGUUGCCCGCAUUGUUGUAAGGGAUUUACACAGAAAGAACCGUUGCGUGCGCAUUUGAAGACACAUUUAGAUGCGGGCCCUGUGGAUGUACAGCUGCACUAUUGCACGCUGUGUCCGAAAGUUUUCUGUCACGCGUCGGGGCUGAGUAGGCAUUUGGUCACGCACACGGGGAAAACUUUCAAAUGUCGUGACUGCGAUAAGAGUUUUAAUGAUAAAUCAUCUUUAAGGCGACAUAUACGCCAAUGCGGACAUCAAGAGUAACAUUUUAUAUUAUAAAUAUUUAAAUUUUAAUAUUAAUUUGAUAAGAAGUAAAUUAAUUCGAAGAAA